AUGGCCCCGUCUUCCCUUCCUCCUCCUGCAAAAAAGCGCAAGAUCCAGAAGCACUCAGACUUUGUCGAGUCUGUUAAAGCCAUUGAAGAUCAAAUCGUAGCGGCAGCGACGGCAAACGGCUCGCUCAACCCACUAGCGGAUUUGUUGGAACUAGCCCUCGAGGCAAAGGACGCUCAAGAUGUUUCAAAAGCCAUAUACUCGUUAUAUCGAGUAUUUGUGGUCGUUGUUUCUGGAGGGAAGCUCAACAGUGGAGGGGAUGAAGCGGCGAAGAUAGUCAGGGCAUGGAUAUGGGAGCGUUUGAAUGUCUAUGUUGAUUUCUUGUGUGGGUUGCUCAAAGACGAGGAGAAAACAUUACGGAUAUCUGCGCUCCAAAUCUUGUUCUCCCUCCAAAAACAUCUUUCAACAGCAGCCACCGCUUCUGAGGGCCAGCCUCAAUUCCACAUCAACCAUUUCCGAAAAAUUGUUUCCGCCGUGCUCCUCUGCCCACCAUCUUCUCGGUUGGCUCAGAGUAGCACUGGGUUUUUGGAUGCGGAUGUUCUCCACUCGUUCCACGAAACAUGGUUCAGUGUCCACGAUGAUGUAAGGUGGUUUUUCCUGCGUGAGGCAGGGACGAUGUUGAGCUCAUUAACAGCCGAGUUCGCACCGCAAAAUUUACUCUCUGUUCUUGAAGGCUUGGCGACAUUUCCUACUGAAAAGGCCGAAAUCAAUGCUUGGUGGGUAACCGAACUCGCAGCCAAGCCGCCCAAGCCAAAAUCUUCAAAGAACGCCGAGUCUGAUGAUGACGACGAGGACGAGCCACUAGAACAGGAUGAUGACUGGCGCAAAUUUUUCGAUGAAGAUUCUUCGGCGAAAGAAAAAUUGUCUACUAAGAAGUCGGCAACCAGGUUACAUAAACUGAGCACCCACCAGUCUCUUCAUUCACUCCAGUCACACCGCGCCGUAUUCACCCGCGCCUGGUUAACGCUCCUGCCCAGGCUUUCUGCGAUACACGACAAAAUGGCAAAGAAGGGGCUCUUACAAAGAGCACUGAAUGUGAUGCAUCGGGGCGUUAUGCCCCACCUCUCACGGCCGGUCUUGAUCAUGGACUGGGUCGGUGGAAGUGUUGACUACGGCGGCACUGUUGGGCUGCUUGCCCUCAAUGCCCUAUUCAUGUUGAUGAAAGACUACAAUCUCGAUUAUCCUUCAUUUUACACUAAACUUUAUGCAUUUUUGGAUAGAGAUGUCCUGCAUUCAAAACAUCGGGCACGAUUCUUCCGCUUGACGGAACUGUUCCUCAGCUCAACACACCUUCCCGCAGCUCUUGUAGCAUCUUUUAUCAAACGACUCGCUCGCCUCUCGCUUGCUGCCCCGCCUGCAGCUAUCGUUCUGAUCCUCCCCUUCACAUAUAACGCCCUGAAGCGACACCCUGCCCUUAUGCCUAUGAUCCAUCGUCACGCCGAUGCUGACUCAACCACGGACGUAUUCGAUGCAGCGGAACCCAAUCCAAAUCUCACUCAUGCCAUCGACAGCUCGCUUUGGGAGCUCUCAUCUCACCGCUCACACUGGCUCGCUGGCGUAUCGACUAUGAGCAGGAUCCUCGAAGAGGCAUUCACAAAGCAAAGUUAUGCCAUGGAGGACUUUCUCGAUCACACCUAUGGCACAUUAUUCGAUGCCGACGCAAAUAGGAAAAUCAAGAAAGAGCCACCAGUGGCUAUGGACAUGACAAAGGGUUUAUUUGGGAAUGAGGGUGUAGAGGGUGACGUUGUGUCUGAGCUGUGGUCGUUCUAA